AGGCAGUACCCUGACCGGAGAGUACAGUUGGACAUACCCGCUGAAGCAGACAACAGCUCAACUCGGGACAGACUUUGAAUAACUAUUCGGCGACAUAACUUUUCUGUUUGUAAAGUAAACAGACAACAAGGGAGAUUUUACGCACGAAAAAUGCAGCCCCUCUGUCACCAACUGCUCAGCUUGCUGUUCGUUUUCAGCAGCCUUCAGAUCCAUCAACUCACAGAGGCUUGCUCGUGUGCUCUGUCUCACCCGCAAGAUGCGUACUGCAACUCUGACAUUGUGAUCCGUGCCAAAGUGGUGGGCAAGAAGUUACUGAAGGACGGGCCUUUUGGCACCAUGCGUUACACGGUCAAACAGAUGAAGAUGUACAAAGGAUUCAACAAAAUGCAGCACGUUCAGCACAUCUACACAGAUGCCUCUGAGAGUUUGUGUGGAGUCAAGUUCGACAUCAACAAGUACCAGUAUCUGAUCACAGGCCGCGUGUUUGACGGCAAGGUCUACACCGGGCUGUGUAAUUUCAACCAGCCAUGGGAGCGCCUCUCGCUGGCCCAGAAGAAGGGCAUCAACCACCGCUACCAGCUGGGCUGCAACUGCAGGAUUAAGCCCUGCCACUACCUGCCCUGCUUUGUGACCUCAAAGAACGAGUGCCUGUGGACGGACAUGCUGUCCCACUUCGGCUACCCCGGCUACCAGUCCCGGCACUACGCCUGUAUCCAGCAGAAAGAGGGCUACUGCAGCUGGUACCGGGGGAUGGCCGGCCGUGACAAAACCACCAUCAACUCCACCGACCCCUGAGCGUAAAACCACAACCAACCCCCCAAAACCAUCACAACUUUCUUGAGUUUCUUCCCCUCUUCCUCUCACUCUUCUACACCUUUCCCAAAACUCCCCCACGGCCCUCGUCAACCACAGAGUAUUACAGAACUCUUAAAACGUACAGUAGUAGCCCCAAGUGACCACUCCUACGUCCUCUGACGAAAUAUACAAGACCUAAAAUAAUCAGUGCCUGGCUGUCUCAUAGAAAUAGCACUUCAUGCUGUACAUUUCAGUUUCUCCCACCUAACUUUUCCUACAUUUUCCCUAGGUAUCAAUGAGCAGAAAUUAGACCCGAUCCCAGUCAACUUUGUUCAGACUGCAAUAACAAUGGCCCUCUAAAAAGCGAGACCUUUUUCAAACUAUCGUAAUGCUUAUUAUGGGUGGGAUGGCAUUUCAGAACGGCAGUUUCCAGCAAUACAUAAUGGUGAAAAUGAUUUGAAUAUUAAGUGUGUGGUGCAGACCGUAUCAACAAAGCUCCCGCAACAUAAUGUUAUCCUCAACACAGGUUACGCUCAGUAACCAGACACACUGUCACCAGUACGAGGGCAAUGCCAACACGAGGUAUGACCUCUGAAAAGCAAUACCUCUUGCUCCAGUCACACAAAGGUAUUUUAUUGGUAUUUAACAAUGAUUUUGAAUCACAUGAAAGUGUAUAUGUAUGUGUUGACAGUUUAUACUGUCAACAUGUCUAUUUAUAUGAAUGAUGCAAUCUUUGCCUCCCUGACUGCUUGCACUGUAAAGUUCAUUCUAGGUUGUAUUAAAUUGCAUUUACAUUUUAGUCAUUUAGCAGAUCACACUAUAUGAAUGCAUUGCUAAUAUCGGACAAAAGAAUUGAUUGAGUAUAGCUAUAUUUUCUUCUCCGUAACCAGCACUAAGAAUGAACCUUACAGCUCAAGCACAGGGAAUUCUUAAUCUUUCGCAGAGAAAUGGAUGCAAGUUAUUUAAUUUUUUUUGCUGUAUAUGAUAUAAGCUACAAAGCAAUGAACAGUUGACUCGACUGAAACCUCUGUAGUAGAUUUAUUUAUCCUUGUUUGUCGAAUCAGACAAUAUCCAUGCAAAUACUACAAACAAAAUCAACUAUCCUACUAAAAUAGCCAAAUAUAUAUAUAUCUUUGUAUCUGGCCAAAACUGUACCAUCACUACCCUGUUUGGCUGUCAUGAAGGACCAGAAUCCCAAAUUGUGUUUGUAAAGCAUUGAUUUAAUGUUAGUUCUGUGUUAGAUCCGCCUUCAGCAGAUUUUGAAUGAUGGUACUUUUGCCCAAUCACAGUUCCCCUUCUGGUUCUCAUGAGGGAAGGAACAUUUUAAAGCAGAGGUUUCAGACAAAACAAAGUGUUUUCAUAAAUGUAUAUUCCAUUUGUGUAAGUAUUUUAACUAUUUCAGAUGAAACUGAUGAAAAUAACACUAUUGUCACUAAACUCUUCUACUUUGAGUUUUCCAGUUCAGUAUCUUCAGUCCAUUCCGUUAGAAACAGAGAUGCCUCAGCAGGAGUUAGAAGUCUUUGCCCAGUCUCUCAGCUCUGCCCACUUUUCCAUUAUGUUCAGAAAAGGCCAUGCCAAGUUGGUGUUGAACAGAAUAGAGUACGGCCCGACGUGACAGUUUUAGAAGGAAAUCCACAAAAAUAUAGUUUAGUCAAUUUAUUAUUCACGUAAUCUGUUAUAACGCGAGGAACUUAAAUCUAAAUCUUGCCUCCCCCGCUAGGCACUUCUUAACAUGAAACACAAUUACUUCAGGCACUAUAUUUAUAGGAGAAAAAAAGAAACAUUAUCUCAUUCAACAAUGUAGAACAGAAAAUUGUAAAACAAUGUCGAAUUCGACAUUUCCGACCAUUACAAAAGGAGAGGAGGUAGAGGUGGUUCAUCGGUCUCAUCACGUUUCACCACUGCUGAGCUUCUGACACCUCCAGGCCUUGGCUGAGCUCCUCAGUAGUCUGAGAGGACUACUAUGCCACAGAGAUAUUACUCAAGCCUGAACUGAACGUUCUACAUCAGCAACACUGUUCUUGUUCUCCUCAGGCAGUUAGAAGUAGAGCUGGUUUAGCAUUGAGAGAAUGGUGGGCUCGGUGAGCGUAGCCCGAUAGUUCCGGAAGCCGGAUAGUAUGUAGUCUUCAUGUAGAUACAUCCUUUAGUUAGAAUACUGGGAAGGUUCCUCGGUAUGUUUAGCCUUCAUUGACACACUUCUCUGGUUGUCAGUCUUGAGUUGUUUCCAUCUCCCUCACCUGGUUUUUUGGAAGUUUCUCUCUCUUCGGCCUUGGCAUCUCUGUACCUGUAUUUUUUUUGUGGUUCAUGUUUGUGUAAAUUUACUGUCUGCUUAACACAGAAACACUUGGUCAAGUCGAUCCAGACUGCAUUUUAAAAGGAAGCUGGCAAAAGGUUGUGUACCAUGUGUGUGUAUACACUGAUUCCUAAAAAGGGGGGAGGGCGAGCGACCGUUUCCUUGUAGGGGUUGCAGAAAUGUUUGACUUAAUUUCUGUGUUUUAUAUUUUUAUAAUAAAGAUUUAAUGAAAAAAUGGA